GCGGUUUAUGAGACGACUGGAGACACAAAUCGAGGUCACUCAAUGUGAAUACUUCCUCUUAGUUGUCAAAGCGAGUGUAAAGGGACAGUGAGUGCAACUAGCCGACACUACACAGCGGUAAACUGAGUAGAAGACAACGGGCAAACAAUUAGCUGAGCAAAUGAUAUUUGCAGUCUAAUGUGUGGCGCAUAGCUUAGGGGUACACACACAGUAUGCACUCUGGAUGGUCCAUUUGUUUAUCCUACAGUCAAGUAACGUUACACCAUAUAUGACAACGAUUCGAAGGUGGAUUGAGUGAAACCUUGUCAUCGAUCCCACAUUACAUCCAUGUGUAUAAUUUUCUUCAAGUUUGACCCCCGGCCUGCAUCCAAAAGUGCCUACAGGCUCAUUUUGGCUGCAAACAGAGAUGAGUUCUACAACAGGCCGUCCAAAGCUGCAGACUUCUGGGGGACCAACAGCGAGAUCCUCAGUGGCCUGGACCUGGAAUAUGGUAAGGAAGGAGGAUCAUGGCUGGGGAUCAGCAAGCUGGGCAAGCUGGCUGCGAUCACCAACUACAUGGAAGGACGUCCCAACCCUGAUGCACAAGGAAGAGGAUUUCUAGUGUCUAACUACCUUAUGGACAAGGAUCAGGAUAGCUACUCCUACCUGAAGAAGGUGUCGACAGAAAGUCACUUGUACAACGGCUUCAACCUCAUCACAGCGGAGUUCAAAGCCAAACAAGACAUUGUGUGUUACUAUGGAAACAGAGGCAGCUCUGAACCCAUCCGUCUAAAACCAGCAGGAAUCUAUGGCUUGAGUAAUUCAUUGCUGGACACUCCAUGGAGGAAACUGCUGCAAGGCAAGCGUCACUUCACCAGUGUUGUCAACAACCAGUCCCUGUCCUGCGAUGGACUUGUCCAAGAGCUGCUCAACGUUCUCAAUAAUGAGGAACUGAACGCACCUGAUCCAGCUCAGGAGAGCCAGGGUGAUUUUUACAGCAAGUCCAUGAUCCAGGCUCUGUCAGCGGUGUGUGUUCGCGCCCCUCAUUAUGGUACAAGGACCAAUACAAUUAUCCUGAUAGACGCAGAAGGUAAUGUGACCUUCACAGAACGCACCAUGUCCAAUUGUGACACAAGCAAAUGGAGCACCAGUUCUUUCCAGUUCAAACUGCAGGUGUGAAGACAUGAUGGAGGAAACCCACUCUGUGCCUUUAUGCCCCCCCUCCUUCUCCAGCUGCACUUCACCAUAGCAGCUAUGUGAACAUGAAGACUCAUCUGCACUUUUUCUUCAUUAACAUCAGUGAUAUGUAUUUGUUGUUCUUGAUUUUAGUUAAAAUGGAUCUUUUGAACAUGUGUGCUAAUUUGAAAGCUUGCCAAAGAACAUUUAUAAUUUUGUAGAGGAAAAUAUUUUAUUUUAUGUCACAAAACAGCAGGGUUGGGUUGCUUCAAAAAGUCUAAUCCAUUACAGAUUGCUGGUAACCUGCUUUGAACUGCAAUCAACACCGCCGUGCAAGAUUAGUUUAACGCAAUGUAAUUUAUUCUUGUUGGUGUCAGAUUUGUACCUUUAAAUCCAUGAUAUGGACUGAAUAUACACUUUAUGCACAAUUUCCAGACUGCAAUUUGAAAUGAUUUUCUGUUUUACACAAUGAGAAUUCAUAGGGUCACCAGUAUUUUUCUAGAGAAUGUGUAAUCUGAUUUAAGGUCACAGUAAUUAUCAUAGAUUAGCGUUACCAGCUACUUUUUAAAUUCCUGAUUACUGUAACCCUGUUACAUGUAAUGAAUUAUUUAGGCCCCAACCCUGCACAACAGUAGUCUCAGUGUUGGUUACAACAGAUAUUUCAAUGUGCAAUGAAAAUAGUUUCAGGCACUGAAUCUCUGACCUCUUCCAUGGUAGAAUAAUGCAUUUUACAGCUGCUUGACAAUAAAAACAAUUUAUCCAAACACUCA